AUGGCAGGAUUAGCACAGAAACUAAAUGAAGAAAGAAAUGAACUAAAACUCAUUACAGAAUUUAAUGAAAUAAAAAUUAAAAAUAUAGGAUCAAUACCAGAAUAUGAUGGAAAUAGAGACAAAACAGACCAAUGGAUAAGACAAGUGGAACAAUGGUUAACAGGAUAUGGAUUACCAAAAGGAAAUGAACCUAUGCAAAUGGCAGACGGAACGGUAGUGCAAAAUCCAUUAGCAGGAAUAAAUAACGAAGCGGAACCAGGAAUACAAUGGAAAGCAAUCAAACUAAAAAGAAAUUCAGCAAAUGAUGUAGAUAUAAGUAACUUUGCAGUAAAUCCAGAAAGAGAUGGAAGUGAACUUAUUUUAGCAACAGUAGGAGGAAGUCCCCCAAAUUUGACAAGACAAGCAGGGAGAGUUGGAAGAUUGAAUACAACAUUUGAUGGACCAGCAAAUGAUUGUUUAAGAACAAAAAGGAUAAUAGAAAUUAUAGCAACAAGAUUUUCAGGAGAAGUGAAAAUAGCUUGGGAAAACACUCAAGGAGAUACAAGGCCUAGAACAUGGGAAGAUCAUAGAUUUAUUGGAGAAGCAGGAUUAAUACCAGCAGCGAUAGGAUUAAAAUCGUGGAUAACUAAUAAUUUCUUAAGCAUAGUAAAUCCAGAAUUAAAUUACGCUAAAUUCAUGAACAUAAAAAUGACAUCAGAAUUUGAAACAAUACAAGAAUAUAAUGUAUACUUCAAUAAUCUACAACGAUUAGCAAAACAAGAAAAUAUGGAAAGGAGAAAUUUAAUUGGACAUUACCUAAGAUCAUUACCAUCAUGGGUAGAAACCAAAUGUAGAAAUUGGUUAGCUACAGAAGAAGCACAAGGAAAAUUCCCAGAAUUAAGAGGAAAUAUAGGAUCAAUUCAAUCAUUUUGCAUUGUAAUUUAUUCACAAAUAGAAAGACGGAAUGGAGAAUUAGGAAUGAGGCUUAAUCAAAAAAGAAAUUAUGGAAGAAAAAUUCAAGAAUUAAAUGAAGAAAAUGACAAUUACAAUGAAGAAAUCGAAGAAUUACAAGAAAAAAUAGAAGCAUUAAGAAUGAGAGCAACAAUAUUUAAAAACCCAAAAUCUAACAGAGAUACAAUGUCAGGAGAAAUUAUUGAUGGAAAGACGGAAACAUUUUCAUGGCAAAAUAAAGAAUCAAAAAGAUCAAGAGGAUCAUUCAGAGGGAAAUCAAAAGGAAACCUAGAAGAACUAGAAGAAGAAGAAAAUUAUGAAAAUGAACGAAUUGAAAUGAUGGAAGAAGAAGAAUCGGAAGAUGAACAGACAAAAAUAGUAGAAAUUCUAGGAGACGAAGAAAUAGAAAUUCCAAGAAAAAUCCAAUCCUCAAAAGAAAAAGGAAGGAAAUAUGAAGAAAAAGUUAUUACAGAACUAAGAAGCAAAGGAAUACAAGUAAUUGCAACAAAAGAAAGCGUAGAAGGAAUAAAUAUUGGAGAUAGAGGAAUAGAUUUUAUGAUCCAAUCACCAAAAGGAUUAGUAUUCGGACAAAUUAAAGACUGGAAUAGGAAAGUAGGAGCAGACAAAGUAAAAGAAUUAAUAGUGACAGUGUCAAAAACAAAAGGAAGUAAAGGAAUACUUAUAUCAAAAUCAGGAUUUACAAAACCAGCGUACGAAGAAAUUGAAGAAAGAAAAGACAUAGUAUUAUCAAAUGGAGCAGAUAUAGAAGAAAAAAUUCAGGAA